GCGGCGGAAGCAGCAGCAGCAGCAGCAGCAACGAGAAAGCCGGUUGGCGGGGCGUCUCCUCAGGCUGGGUCUCUCCCGCUUUGCGGAGGGAAGGGGGGGAGGCGGAGGCGGAGGAUGGAGCAAGAGGAGAUCCUGAGGAAAUUCAUCCAGCGAGUCCAGGCCAUGAAGGACACCGACCACAAUGGGGAGGAUAACUUCGCCACCGACUUCAUGAGACUGAGGAGGCUAUCAACGAAGUAUAGAACAGAGAAGAUCUACCCAACAGUCACUGGAGAAAAAGAAGAAAAUGUGAAAAAGAACAGAUACAAGGACAUACUGCCAUUUGACCACAGCAGAGUUAAACUGACUUUAAAAACUCCCCCUCAAGAUUCAGACUACAUCAAUGCAAAUUUUAUUAAGGGAGUACAUGGGCCAAAAGCAUAUGUUGCCACCCAAGGACCACUAGCAAACACGGUAAUAGACUUCUGGAGGAUGAUAUGGGAGUACAACGUUGCAAUUAUUGUGAUGGCUUGUCGAGAGUUUGAAAUGGGAAGGAAAAAAUGUGAACGUUACUGGCCUCUGUAUGGGGAAGAAAGUGUUUCUUUUGGACCAUUUCAUAUUUCUUGUGAAGCUGAGCAAGUCAGAACAGACUACUAUAUUAGAACUCUGCUAUUGGCCUUUCAGAAUGAAACCCGUAGGGUUUAUCAAUUUCAUUAUGUGAAUUGGCCUGACCAUGACGUUCCAUCAUCUUUUGAUUCUAUCCUGGACAUGAUCAGCUUAAUGAGGGAAUACCAGGAGCAUGAAGAUGUUCCUAUUUGCAUACACUGCAGUGCUGGGUGUGGAAGAACAGGAGCCAUCUGUGCCAUAGAUUAUACAUGGAAUUUGUUGAAAGCCGGGAAAAUACCAGAGGAGUUCAACGUGUUUAAUUUAAUACAAGAAAUGAGGACACAAAGACAUUCUGCAGUACAGACUAAGGAACAGUAUGAACUUGUUCAUCGAGCCAUAGCACAGUUGUUUGAAAAGCAACUUCAAAAAUAUGAAAGUUGUGCAAACUGGAAAAUUGCAGAUGGGCUGGAUGAAGUUGGUACAGAAAAUACCGCCAGUUCUGGAGACCUUGAGAAACAGGAUUCACCUCCACCAAAGCCACCUCGAACUCGCAGCUGCCUUGUAGAAGGAGAUGUAAAAGAAGAAAUUCUGCAGCCUCCAGAGCCUCAUCCAGUACCACCCAUUUUAACACCAUCACCUCCUUCAGCUUAUCCAACAGUAACAACUGUUUGGCAGGACAAUGAUAGAUACCAUCCAAAGCCUGUUCUGCACAUGGUUUCUUCAGAGCAUCCAACAGACCUCAAUGAAAACUACAAUAAGUCAGAAGAGCAUCCAGGGAAGAACGAAGUCUCUGAACGUGCAGAGAAAAAGCUUGAGCGCAACUUGAGUUUUGAAAUUAAAAAGGUACCCCUUCAAGAGGGGCCAAGGAGCUUUGAUGGGAACACCCUCUUGAAUAGGGGACAUGCGAUCAAAAUUAAAACUGGCUCAUCUUGUGCGGUGGAUAAGACAUCUAAACUACAGGAACAAGGCUCAGGAGAUGCUCCUACAGAUACCUUCCAAAACUCUUGUAUAGAAUGCAAUAUGCAGCCACUGAAUAAAGCUGUAACAUCCUCGCCUGAAGGCCACCAGUGUCUGGUAGGUUCUGAUCCUCUGCAAAGACCAGACUGUUUGCCUCUCAAAGAGAAGGGACACGCUAUGUGGUCGUUACAAGGGACAAAAAAUGUACAGCCAACAUCAACACCAGAGGACACAUCUCCAGCUGUUUUAUGUCAUGGGAUUAAAAAUCUGUCUGUCGUAUCGAACUCACCAUCUCAAAUGGAUGCUCCUUCCAGUGAAUCAGCGGAUCAUCAUCACAGUGGCAUGCUUCCAGUUAGAGUUCCCCUUUGUUUUACAAAUCCUCUGCAUUCUGAUGAUUCUGAUACAGAUGAAAGAAACUCUGAUGUGUCUAUGACACAAAGCAUGUCUAAUGUUUCGACUGCAAGUGCCACGGUUUCUGUGGCUGCUGGCACAGAAAAUGUUUCUGCUAGAAAAGUAUUGCCCAUGUCCAUUGCAAGACAGGAUGCCUCAAUCAUAGCUGAUAAAGAUGCUGGUGUUUCUGAAGACUCUUCUUCUCCUCCUUUACCAGAAAGAACUCCAGAAUCUCUUGUGCUUGCAAGUGAGCAGAUCACAACUUUCCCCAAAGCUGUUAUCCUUCCACGAUCUGCUGAGUGGAGUUUCUUGCAAGACCAGAAACCUUCUGAUCAACCAAAAUGUACAGGAUUGAAAAUGGCGACUACACAGCUUGAUCAUCCUGAGAUAGCAGACAAAUCACAGAUUGAUACUAUACCUCAGCUUCCUCUUUCCAGUCCUGUUGUUAAAAGAGGUCCAACACCAGAAGUUCCAGUGGAGACUACAGAUAUUGGUUUUGGUAACCGUUGUGGAAAACCAAGAGGACCGAGAGAACCACCUUCAGAAUGGACAUGAUUUAGGAACAAAUGGACAUUUUUAAAUUAUACUGGAAUAUUCCAAGUGCCACUGAACUCGAUCAAUAAAUAGUAUUCCACUUUUUAUUUUUUUGGGACUAACACAGUGUACAUGCAACUACACAAUGGUACACUCUUCUAUACAUCCACACAAACAUUAAGCAUUCACAAGAGUGUUUUCUAGUAUUGUAAUUAACUUUGCUGGGGCCAUCAAUCUGCCUUACUACAUUUAGGAGAAAGUAUUACAUAUGGUUUAUUUUGUUACUUCAAGUAUUAUUGCCUUAAUGUCUUUUAACCUGUUACACACUGUUUAUAGACAUGUUAAUAUGGUGAAACUUUUGACAAAUUGAGUUUAUGGACUUUUUUUGCUAACAUUUGAUUACCAUGUACACUUUAUUUUGUAUAUGUACAGGGCAAGCAGGUAUAUAAUUUGAUAAAGCUGCAAUCAUAAAGUAUUAACAGAAGGUGUAAGAAAUCUCUGCAUGACCUAAUUUUUUUUUGUGUACCUUGUAAAUUAUUUGCCCUAAUGUUUUAGUAAAUAGUUUUCAUUAAAAAAAAAAGUUGGGCACACAUCCACAAUUACAGGAUAGCAGAGAUGAAGAUUGUAAUACAUUUUGUAAAUUGUAAGCAAAAGGUUAUUUUUAUAUUAUAUACAGUUUCACUGUCAGUUAUAAUUUGUCCUGGUUUUCAUCUAGUCAUGGAGUCCAUAAGUGCCUUGAAAAUAUCAGAUUUUAGCAUGAAUAUGUUCACUGAUUGAGAUCAGCAUAUCAGCUUAUUUGAACUGCCAGUAAAAAAGAGAACACUUCAA